UAAUACCCUGACUGUCUUCCCUCAGGCCAUGAAGGCUAACAACGUCUACCAGAUGGUCUUCUCGUCGUCUUGCACGGUGUAUGGCGACCCCGAACAUCUUCCCAUCACCGAGGAUCACCCCACCGGAGCCGUGACGAAUGUUUACGGUCGCACCAAGUAUCUGAUCGAGGAGAUGUUGAAGGAUCUGUCUCGUGCUGAGCAGAAAUGGAACAUCAUCGCACUGAGGUAUUUUAACCCGGUAGGAGCCCACCCGUCUGGCCGCCUCGGAGAAGACCCCACUAAGAACUUCACCAAUCUGAUGCCUUAUAUUGGUCAGGUCGCCAUAGGGAAGAAGCCGAACCUGACUAUUUUUGGCUGCGACUAUGAUACCGCGGAUGGCACAGGAGUUCGGGACUACAUUCACGUAAUGGACUUAGCCUCUGGCCACGUCUCUGCUCUCUCAAAGCUCGACGAGGAACAUCUUCGCUUUAAGACUUACAACUUGGGCACAGGUCAAGGGGUGUCUGUAUUACAACUCGUGAAGGCUUUUGAGGCCGUCACAGAGAGUAAAGUGCCGUACGAAUUGAAACCUCGACGGGAAGGAGAUAUUGUUUCGAUGUUUGCUAACACGACCCUCGCCACGAUUGAAUUGGGGUGGACGGCAAAAUACUCGCUCGAGAAUAUGUGCGAGGAUUUCUGGAGGUGGCAGACGAUGAACCCAGACGGCUAUGCUAAAGACGAGCCGUUCGAAGCGACGGUAUUGGACAGAUCACAGACCGUAACGACUCCCCCUGGAAACGUCAAGACAACAGCAGCGACGUCCACUAACUCGUCCUCCUCGUCGGUGAAUGGCGUCAACGGAGUGAAGAAUCAUUGAGGUCGUCGGGUUGGUUAGGUUUUGUUGUCCUAGUUAGUGCUAGUUAGUGAGGUUGAUGCACUGUGGUAGUUUGAGGUACUGUAUACUGCACUAUUGUGGUAUUAUAGGAUGGUAGUUUGGAGAUUUUGUCUCUCUCUCUCUCUCUCUCUCUCUCUCUCUCUCUCUCAUCCCGUCCACUCUUGCGACGGCUGACGAUUUAACCCCAUUGUGUAACGCGCCAACGGCCAAUCGGACAUACGCACAAGUUCCUCCGCGUGUCUGGAUGUCCGUAUGUCGGGAAACGCAUCUACUAUUUAUAAUAACCGUGAAUAUAUGAAUGGAUUUAAUUUUGGUGAUUCCUGGUGCAAUGUUGGAACCCAUCUAGUAUUUUUGGGGGUAUAUUUUGGGAAUGGGAUCUAGAUGCGUCUUAAAGUCUGAUUGGUUAAAAUAAAGUCCGAUCGGUUAAAAUAAAGUCCGAUUGGUUAAAAUACAACUUUUAUCGAGUUGUUUUGAGGUAAUAAUCAUAUAUUGGACAGAGGAUUUCAUGCCCCCAAUGAAACGAAAAGUACGGUAGUGUUUAUUUUGAUGUCAGUUGAACCCCUAAGGAAAGGUUGUUUUGUUUUUGUUUUUUAGUGCCCGAUCGUUUACUCGUUUACCUUCCUGAAGAUCGUAUUGUAGCGUUAUAAAUGUACGUAGAGUUGAUUGGGGUUAUAAUAAUAAUAAUAAGAGUUCGAAAAAAUGGUAUUUAAUUCCU